UUAAGCAAGUACGACGACUACGCAUGCAUGAGCCAUGCAACGUGUCGUUUUCGUUUUCUUAUCCGCGUUUAAUUUUUCAUUCACACGCACCAAACUCCUCUAACGAAUAAAUUCUAAGUAUAUAUAUAUAUACACAUAAAAUUCGAAAAACUAUAUAGUAUACAACAAAUAAAAAAAAAAAGAGAGGGAGAAAAAAGACUUACGAAAAAUGGCGUAUUAUAUUGAAGAAGAAGCAUGGAAAUGUCCAAAACACCCUUCGAAGAAACGGCGAAUUACUACCGGCGUUUGUUCUAUUUGCCUUAUUGAUCGACUUUCCCAACUUUGCCCUUACUGUGCUAACGUGCGCCCUUGCUCUUUAAAUUGCGCCGCCGCCGCAGUCGGUGGCGGUGAGACGGUGUUAUCUAGGUCAAAAUCUGUAGGAAUUCCGUUUUUGAAAUUGCGAAAUAUUAGUUCUGGCGACCGGAGGAAGAUGACGGAGACGUCGUUAGCUUCAUAUUCCGGUAAAGUCGACCGCGGAGGUGAACCGGAGUUUUGCAGGUCAAAGUCCGUCGGAAUUUCGUUUUUGAAAUCGAAAAAUGUGAACUCCGGUGAUCGGAGGAAUCAACUGGAGAGUGAGAAGAGUAACAGAACGACGUCGCCCUCUUCGUCUUCCGGCGGAAAAGUUAUCGAUGAACCGGCAUUUUGUAGCUCAAAAUCCGUCGGAAUUCAGUUUCUGAAAUCGGAAAAUGUUAAUUUCGGCGACAGGAGGAACAUGCCGGAGAGUGAGAAUACUAACAAAACGACGGAUUCCUGUUCCUCCCGCAAAAUCAACAGCAAACAGGCGAUUUGUAGCUCAAAAUCCGCCGAAAUUCAGCUCAAAACUACGUCGUCAUCUUCAUCAUCCAGCAAAAUCAUCAGUGAACAGGAGCUUUGCAGGUCAAAAUCCGUCGGAAUUCCGUUCCUUAAAUCACGAAAUGUGAAUUCCGUCGAUCGGAGAACGACGCCGGAGAUUGAGAAGGGCAUCAAAACGGCGUCGUUUUGGUGGAUUUUUAAGUCAAGGAAGAGUAACAAAACGGCGAUUUGCAGUGAUACGAGGAUAAUGGCGAUGACGGUGAUGAGAUCGAGAUCGGUGAACGUUGAGAUGACGUCAGUAUCCGGUGGAAAUGACGUCACUUCCUCGCCGGAAAAGUUGAAAGGUGGAUGGUAUUUGGUAAGUCCGAUGAAAGUUUUCCGGCAUUCAUCGAAAGCUUCCAAAUUGGUUAGUUAAAAAGAACCGCGCAAAUUGUACAAAUUUCAGCUGAGGUAAAAAUACUAUUAGUACUUACUAUUUAUGAUAUUUAUGAUGGUGAAAAAUAAUAAGUAAUUAUUACUAUGUAGUAUGAUUAUUCGAGAUAUAUAAGUUAAUUCAGAUACUAUAAUUAUAAUUAUAUAGUAAAUGAAAUUGUAUGGAGGUUGAGUUUAGACAAAUUUUAGUAUUAUUAGUUGAGAUCAUCGAGCUAGUUCAAAUACUAUAAUUAGCAAAAAUUGUACAAAGAUUGAGUUUACAUGUUUAAAUUUUCGUUACAUAGAAAUAUUUGUACUAUUUAAGUUUUAUUGAGCAAAGUUAUUUGACAUUUCUGUUAGUUUAAAACA